AUGAGAAAACUUAAUAAAGAUAGAAUAGAAAAACUAUCUCGACCAAAAACUGCUAUAAACUAUAGUUUAAAAACAAAUUAAGUUUAUAUUGAAGAGUAAAAAACAAAAGACUUUUAAUAGCAAGAAUUAUAACGAGUUGUAGAUGAAGACGGUUAAAUACCUUUAAUAUUUUAAAAAAACCCUGUAUUUUUGACAUUUGAAAAUCAAUUAUAAGCCGAAUUAUAUAAUUCAAGGUGUAGUGAUACAGGAGAAGUAAAAAUAAAAAAAUAAAAAAAUAAAAAUAAAUAAAUAAAUAAAUAAAUAAAGCAUAUAUCUUUAGAUAAAGCAAAAAUAUUCAAAGACGAAUUCAAUAAGAUAAAUAAUAGAAAACACAAUAAUAUAUUAAAUUUAUAUUCAAUGCGUUUAGGUGUAACGAGUAUGCAAACAUUAAGCAAUUUAUUAAAAGAAGAUAAAUACAAAUAUAUAGACACAUUAAAUUUAGCGGAUAAUCCAAUAUCAGAUAACGGCAUGCAUUUAAUAAAACAAAUAAUGGAAAAUACAUAAAUAAAGCAUUUAAACUUGGCUUCAAAUAUGAUAAGUGAAUCUGGUUUUGAAAUAAUAGUAGAUGAAUUAUCGAAAAACUAGAAUCUGAAAAGUCUAGAUUUAGGCAUACUUGAAGGAAGCAUUAGAAAAAAUUCAUUUGGGAUUGACGGAGCGAAAUGUAUAGCCGCAUUAAUAUUAUAAAAUAAAAAUAUAGAAAUAAUUAAACUAUACGAUAAUGAUAUUGGAGUAUAAGGAGGUGAUAUUAUAGGGACAGCCUUAAAAUAAAAUAAAAAUUUGAAAAAUUUAACAAUAUCAGAAAAUUACCUAAAAAGUUAAGGUGCUGAAUUUAUUUUAAAGUCUGCUCUUUUUUUAGAAUCUUUAGAUUUGGGAAAAAACUGCAUUAAAUCGAAUGCAGGAAUUUCGAUUAGAAAUUACUUAUAAAACAAUUAAAAUCUGAAAAGACUUAAUUUGGAAUUUAAUGAAUUAAGUUUUGAGGGUAUUAAAGAAUUUAGGCAAGGACUUUUAUAUUCAUAAAGUUUAUAAUAUAUUAAUUUGAAAGGAAAUGGAAUUGGAGAUGAGGGUUUUUUAAUGAUUUGUGAAGUUUUAAAUGAUAAUUAUAUUUUAGAAGAAUUGGAUGUUAGUCUAAAUGAAAUUAGUUCUGCUGGAAUUAAAUGUUUUGCUGAUAUUUUACCUUUUUGUGGGUUAAAAAAUAUAAAUUUAAGUAAAAAUUUUUUAGGGGAUGAAAGCUUGUUUAUUAUUGGGGAUAUAUGUUAAUAAUAUGAAAAUGUUAUUAAACUUUAAAAAAUAGAUUUUAGUAGUUCAAGAGUUGCUGAUGCAGGAAUAUUAUAUUUUUUGGAUAGAAUUGAUUAUUUUGAAAAUAUGAGAUGUAUAAAAUGUUAAGAUAAUUUUAUUUCUGAAAAAGUUGAAAAAGUUCUUUUAGAAAUUUUGAUUAAAAAUAAAACUUUAAUUGAAUUUGGAAUUAAUGGAAACAGAUUAUCAUUAUCAUUUUUGAAUAAAGUAAAGAAAAUUUUAUAAAGAAAUAUUAUAGAAUUAGAAGAAAAAGAGCCUAAUAAAAUAAAAACUUAAAUAUAUAAACUUAAAUAUGAAUAAAAGUAGAUUGUUGCGGAAAGAAAAAGACUAGAAGCUUAAGAAAAAUAAAUUAAUGAUUUAGAAAGUUUACUUGAAUAAAAAAAAAAAAAACUUUAAUUUAUUAUUAAAACUGAAGCUGAAAAAAGAAAAGAAAUUCUAAAUAAAAUUUAAGAUUAAUAAGUUUAAAUCUUAAGAAAAAAAGCUAAAAUGGAUGAAAAAAAUAAUAUUUUCGAAAACAAAAAAAAGGCUUUAUUAGAAGAAUUAUAAAAAUUAUAAUAAGAAUAUUCUAUUGAAGUAACAGAAAAAAAUAGAAUAGUUAAUGAUUUAGGAAACCUUGAUAUUUAAAUUAUUUAAAUGGAAGAAGAAUAUAAAAAAGAAUGCAAUGAAAUAGAAAACUAAAUAUAGCUUUAGAAAUAAAAACGAGAAGAAAUUAAUUAAAAAACAAUAUUGCUUAAUUUAGAAUAUUCAAUUUUUUAUAAAUAAGAAAAAGAAUUAACAGAAUAAGUUCAUUAAUAAAUUGAAAAAAACAAAAUUCUAAAAAAAAACUUAUCUUAAAAAAGUAAUAAAAACUUGAAUAAUAUAAAAAUUUGA